AUGACGGACAAAGCUGUUUUCCUUUGCUUUUGUCUGUUGCUCAAGAAAGGUGUUAUUGGUGAUACAGAUGAAGUGAAGUCAGUGUCAGCGCUGGAGGGAGAUUCUGUCUCUCUAAACACUGAUGUUACUGAAGUACAGAGAGAUGAUCAGAUUCUGUGGAUGUUUGGACCUCAAAACACUCGUAUUGCUGAUAUCCACAGACAGAACAUUUAUAUAGAUGCCACUAAUACAAUAUUUGAGAAAAGACUCCAGAUGGACAGUCAGACUGGAUCUCUGACAAUCAGAAACAUCAGAUCUGAACACUCUGGACUUUAUAAACUACAGAUCAUCAGCAGCAGAGGGACAGAAGAGAAGUUGUUUAAUAUUUCUAUUUAUGCACGUCUGCCUGCUCCAGUCAUCACCAGAGACUCUUCACAAUGUUCUUCAGGAUCAUCCACAUCCAAUUGUUCACUGGUGUGUUCAGUUGUGAAUGUGAGUGCUGUGACUCUCUCCUGGUACAAAGGAAACAGUUUAUUGUCCAGCAUCAGUGUGUCUGAUCUCAGCAUCAGUCUCUCUCUACCUCUGGAGGUGGAAUAUCAGGAGAACAACACCUACAGCUGUGUGAUCAACAAUCCCAUCACAAACCAGACUCAACACAACAUCAACAUCACUCAACUCUGUCACACAUGUGCAGAACUGGAUGAGCGUUUGAAACACAUGAUGCCGAUAGCCAAUAUGACAAUUAUAGCAGGGCUGCUUGCUUUCAUUGCUGCAGUUGUAGGUUUGAGGUACCACAGAAACAUAAGGACAAUAGUGCAACAGUUCACACAGUGUACACAAGCGUAA